AUGGGAUUGCAACAGUCUACUCUUCGAUUCCAUGGGAAACAGCUACAUCUGAUUUGAUCAAUAUUUAUCGGGACUACAACAGUGUAGAUACCAAGACAGUGGCCGAAAAUUCGGAUUUGGUGAAGUUGUCGACGAUGCGGUUCUUGGUGAUGAAACUCCCCUCGAAUAGUAGGUCAGUGUGA